AUGCUCAGAUUAUCCUCAAACUCCUCAGCUUAUCCUCAGGCUACUCCUCAAACUCCUCAGUCUAAUCCUCAGACUCCUCCUCAGAUUAUCCUCAAACUCCUCAGACUACUCCUCAGACUACUCCUCAAACUACUCCUCAAACUACUCCUCGGUCUAAUCCUCAGACUCCUCCUCAGAUUAUCCUCAAACUCCUCAGAUUAUCCUCAAACUCAUCAGACUACUCCUCGGUCUAAUCCUCAGACUCCUCCUCAGAUUAUCCUCAGACUCCUACUCAGAUUAUCCUCAGACUCCUACUCAGAUUAUCCUCAAACUCCUCAGAUUAUCCUCAAACUCCUCAGAUUAUCCUCAAACUCAUCAGACUACCCCUCGGUCUAA